AGGGGGAGGCGCACUGUGACAUAUUCAAAGGCUACUUUUCAGUCAGGCCUGGGAGAGCAGUUUUCUUCACAAACUUCACUUACAAUGCCUUCCCAAAACAGCUCCUUCAGAACUUGGCACCGGACGGUCCUUUUAGUGGGUGUCCUGGUGCUGCUAGUGUCACUUGUUGCUGUUAUUGUGUUGGCUGCUAUCCUGACACCAGGAAAGGAGGACACCAGCUCAACCCUGCUGCAGUGGAAGGGCAGAGGGACCACUAAAAAUCUGCGAGAAGUCGUUCUUGGGAGAUGUUACAACUACAUCACAACAGUGAACCCUGAGCUGGGAAAUAAAGAUUGCCUAAAAAUAUGGGAAACAUUACAAGAUGCAUUUAUGUACAAGAACCCAUGUAAUAUUACAACAGAUGACUAUCAGCCUUUAAUGGAUUUAGCAAGACAUCCUGUACCAUGCAACAAGUCACUGCUUUGGAGCAAGACAAAUGAACUGGUUCACCGUUACACAAAAGCUGACCACAAUUUCCUUACUCUGGAGGACACCUUGCUGGGUUACAUAGCUGACCAGGUGUCAUGGUGUGGUGAUCCAGCCAGCCCAGGCAUUAACUAUGAAUCUUGUCCAAAGUGGACUGAAUGCGAGAGCAACCCCAGCACUGUAUACUGGAAAAUGGCAUCCAAACUGUUUGCAGAAGAAGCGUGUGGUGUGGUUCAAGUGAUGCUCAAUGGAUCAAUAGAUGCUGGAGCAUUCAGAAGCAGCAGCAUAUUUGGAAGUGUUGAGAUCUUCAACCUAGACCCAAAUAAAGUUUCUACAAUACAGAUCUGGCUUAUGCACAACAUUGGAGGUCCUAAAAGGGACUCUUGUACAGGUUACUCCAUAACAAGGUUAAAAACCAUCCUAGAAGAACGAAACUUCAUUGUCUCCUGUGAAGACAAUUAUAGGCCAGUUUGGCUUUUUCAAUGUGCGAGUGAGCCUGGCCACGAAGACUGCAGACUUUGCUUCCGUGGUGUACAGUGAAAUGCACAGUACUCUACACUAAGUCAUUCAUCAAUUGUGUAUAAUAACACUCAAAAAGAAUAUGUGGACAAUUUUUAGAGUAAUAAAUAGAACACUUGUAUGUACAUACACUGUAGCCGUGUUGUGGCACAAAUAGAUGAAUGAAUGGAAACACUAUUUUAGGUGCAGUCACUGAACAUUGCACAGCUUCCUAUUACAUGGCUUCCAACCUCUUCAGCCUAAAGGUCAAACAUCCCAUCUCAUAAAGGUCAAGGCUAGGGACAGAUAUUCAAAAAGCCUGAGCCCUUGAUUCAAUC